CACUCACCGGCCACUUUAUUUGAUGUACCUUGUUAGUACUUGGUUGGCCCCACUUUUACUUUCAGCAUUUCUUUAAUUCCAUAUGACAUAGAUUCAACAAGGUGCUGGAAACACCUUUAUAACAGUGUGGUCAUAAAGGUAUGGACACGGUCAACAACGAUACUCAGGUAGGCGGUGGGGUUUAAACAAUGCACAGUUACUACUAAGGGGUCCAAAGUGUGCAAAGAAAACAUCCCCUGCACCACACAAAGCAGGGUGCUUUAAUUUGUUUGCACACAAUUUUGACCCCACCAUCUGAAUGUCAUAGCAGAAAUCAAGACUCAGUGCUUAUCCAGUCACUCAUAUUGUCUAAUUUUUGGAAUUUUAAUCCUAUUUAAUCCUAUUGUAGCCUCAGCCUCAGCUCUCUCUUCACCACGACAGAGCGAUAGUUCUUAGCUGACCGGAGUGGCACCUGGUGUGAUUUUCUGCUGCUGUAGCCCAUCUUUGUCAAGGUUUGAUAGCUUGUCUGGCACCAACAACAAUGCCACCUUCAAAGUGAAAGAAAUUACCUUUCUUUCUUAUUCUAAUGCUCAGUUUGAACUUAGGUAAGCUGUCUUGAUAAUGUGCACAUGUCCAAAUGCAUUGAGUUGCUGCCAUGUGAUUGGAUAAUUAGAUUGUUAAUUUGCAUUAAUGAGCAGCUGAACAGGUGUACCAAAUAAAGUGGCCAGUGAGUGUACACAAUUUAGUGAACACAAUUAGUAAAAAGCAUUAAAAUGUGCCUGUGUUUGUAUGUGUGUGUGUGUGUGUGUGUGUGUGCAGUCUUUGCAGCGUGUGUUUGCAUGCACGUGUAAACAUAAUGAAUAGACUGACAAACAAAAUCUCUGGAAACCAGUUUGUCUUGCAGAACCAUGAGAUCCAUUACACCUGCCAGUGCCGCACCUUAUUUAUGCUCUAUUAUCCAAGGUGUGACUGCUUCUCGAAAGAACACACAGCAAAUACUCACUAUUUGUUUUGCUUUGAUUUUCUUGGCUGUAUGAUAGUGUCUUGUUACUUUUCUUUUGAGGGUGCGCCACUGUCAGUCUGUUAUAUCUGGUUUUUCAGGAACAUCAAUUUCUUUUCUUUUUUUCACAAAGUGUCUCAUAGGUUAGUGAUUUGACUGUAAUAUACAACAGUAUAUAGCUUCUCAGACCUAUACUCAGAAAUCUCUUCAGUGCACACAUAAAGAAGGUGUGCAACCAAAAUCUUUACCACCAUGAUCCACCAUUCAAGGGUGGUUGGUCUUUACUGUGUUAUGAAAAACCCGUCAUUUACUGUCUCCAGUUGUUUCAUCUGUUAUUCUUUAAUGUGUUUUAGCAGUGAAUUUGAAAUGUGAUAAAACUGUGCUUAACAGGGCAGACUGUAGGCUCUAGAAAUUAUUAAUGGCAACUACCCAAUUUUAAUAUUGCACAAUUUUCCACAAUCUGUUGCUAUCAGCACAGCUGCACUUCUUACCAUCUGCCACCUUAACACGUUUUUGUUUAUUUAAUUCUAAAGUAGGGGUGUGUGAUAUGAUUUUGGAAUGAUUGGGACUGAAUUCAGGACAUCGUGACAACUUUCCUGGUAAAGCAGAUCAAUCAUACCUUUUACUGCAUCACAGAAACACAGAACAUAAACCAGCAAUGUGUUAUCAGAGUAUUAAUACAAAACUAUUUCAUAAUUUUCUUUCUAGACUAAAGCUUGUUAAAAGAAAAGAGCAAGGUUGUAUUGUGAAAUAGGACCAGGAAGCGUUCAGCAACUAUGAAAAGGUAGUUGUGUAAGAGAAGUAGAAGAGCGAGGUGAAAAGUAGUAAGUGCUUAUCAUAACAAAAAUAAGCAACCUUUUGUGCUGUGAUGGCUCUACGGAAGAAAAAUGCGUCAGGUAGUAAAUUAUGUCAUCAUUGGGAAGUGGCUAAUGUUGCAUGAAUUGUGCAGCUAAAUUAAUAGAUAGUCUUAGAGGAAUGAACAACAGCAUUUUAUAGAUAGUUCUGUGAUAGAGUGCAAUGUGAUCGAACUGUUUGCAUGCAAGUUCUCGUUUCAAACACUUUGCUGUGUUAAGUGACACAUGCAAAUAAUAGUCUACUUCCUCUUUAGGGUCAGUUUUCUGGUUAGCGAAGAUUAUGCCAGUUGGUGCACUUCUUCAUUUUCUACGAGAGGAAAAAAAGAGAGAGAGAUGCAAUAAUUUCUCUGUAGUUUCGUUUUAGAAAUGUUUGCUACAAUUCUAAUAAUUUUUUUACAUUUUUUAGCUAAGGUUUUGUUUUCCCUAUGCCGUUUCUUUUUGAUGUUUCUGAUGAAGGCAAAGGAAAAAGUAAAGCUCAAAGUUUUGCAGUGAAAAAUAUCUGUCUUAUGAUACGUUCUCCCCCUGUGAUCGCUUUAAGCCAAGCAGAACAUUGCCCUUAAGUGCCGUUGUAGUGACUGUAACCAGACUUUAAACUUGUGUCUUCUCAGGUGCUGAACCCUGCCUGCUCAAACACCGUGACUCCAAACUGACAGACAGGGGAAAAAGUGGACAGAUAAACCAAUAGGAGGCCAAAGGAGGAACUUCCCUAUUGUAGAGUGGCAGCCAGAGUUAAAGAAGAAGAGCACAUGAGGAGCGGAAGCAACGUGGCAUCAACAUCCUGACCGGUAACCUUGCUUCUGCACCCCACCACGUGCCCGGCAACUCCAGAAGUGACCGUCAGCAGGAAGGAAACAAGUGACCACUCCUCCUGCAGGCAUGAGGUCCUUUCGUUCCUUCAGUAACGAUGACCGCCACGUCAUGGCGAAACACUCCACCAUCUACCCCUCCUCUCAAGAGCUGGAAGCAGUUCAGACACUGGUAUCCACUGUCGAGUGUGCCCUCAAACAUGUCUCUGAUUGGCUGGAUCAGAGCAGCUGCGAAGUCCACAACCAGUUUGACAGCCAACCAGCAGACAGCACAGAGGAGGACGACCCUGGUGUUGAGCCCAGCGAAGAAACUGAGGAUUCAAGUGAUUGCUACAGGGAGUCCAGCGGUGGCGGCUUGUUGUGUGGAGUGAUGAGGAUCGGCCUAGUGGCCAAAGGACUCCUGAUCAAAGGCGACAUGGACCUGGAGCUGGUGCUGAUGUGCAGAGACAAACCCACACAGACAUUGCUGGACACUGUCUGUCACAAUUUACCCACACAGAUUGAGAAGCUGACAGAAGAGAAAUAUGAGGUCACAAGCUCGUUGCCUGAGGCGGCCAUCUUGGUAAAAACGACAACAGAGCCUAAACUCACUUUGAAGAUUACCCUCACCUCACCGGCCAUGAGGGAAGAUGACGAGGAAGAAGAGGAGGAGGAGGAAUUGGAGGAGGAAGAGCAGGAGCUGGAGAAUGGGGAAGAAGGAGAAGAGGUGGUGGAGGGGGAAGUGGAGGAAGAAGAGGAAGACCCAGAAAGCAAAAAUGGACAAGUGUUGGGUGCUGCUGCGCAGAGAGUGGAGGCUGAGGAGGAGGAGGAGGGGGAGGUGCUGGAUAGACACAGAUGUCUGUUGGCCCUGGCAGCGCUGCGACACGCCAAGUGGUUCCAGGCUCGAGUGAAUGGACUCAAGUCCUGCGUUAUCGUUCUCAGGAUACUAAGGGAUAUGUGCAAUAGACAUCCCAUCUGGGAACCUCUGAAGGGAUGGCCCUUGGAGCUUAUCUGUGAGAAAGCCAUUGCCACCUGCAACAGACCCCUUGGGGCAGGAGAAGCGCUGCGCAGAGUCAUGGAGUGUCUGGCCUCAGGCAUACUGCUCCCAGGAGGCCCAGGUUUACACGACCCGUGUGAGAAAGAGCCAACAAACACACUCGCCAGCAUGACUGACCAGCAGGCUGAGGACAUUACCUUCAGUGCACAGCAUGCUCUCAGGCUCAUGGCGUUCGGACAGAUCUACAAGGUGUUAGAGAUGGAGCCUCUUCCCUCAAAUAAACCAUCGCAGAAAUAUCCGUGGUCUGAUAAAGAAGGGUUAGGUUUGAAGAGGCCAUAUGAUGAUGGAGCAAUGGAUGACAAGGACCUCAUCAAGAAGAUGAAGAGGAAUCUAAGAAAAGUCCUGGACAGUAAAGCCAUAGACUCCAACCAACCAAUGAACGCCCUGAUGCGGCUGAACCAGAUCCGGCCAGGGCUGCAGUACCGCCUGCUGUCCCAGUCAGGGCCGGUUCAUGCUCCAGUCUUCACCAUGUCUGUGGACCUAGAUGGAACAGUUUACGAAGCCUCUGGAUCCUCUAAGAAGACUGCAAAGCUUCACGUUGCAGUCAAGGUUCUCCAGGCAAUGGGCUACCCGACUGGAUUUGACUCAGACCUGGACCCCAUGAGUUCAGACGAGAAGUCGGACAGUGAGGGGAAGAGCGAGACCUCCUCGCACACUAGCAAUAACCCAACACACUCCUCGGACAGUUCCAACACGCUUGAGGUGCGAACUCAGGGUCCCAUACUGACAGCGAGUGGAAAGAAUCCUGUCAUGGAGCUAAACGAGAAGAGAAGAGGCCUCAAAUAUGAGCUCAUCUCUGAGAGUGGAGGCAGCCACGACAAACGCUUUGUUAUGGAGGUGGAGGUCGACGGGCAGAAAUUUCGUGGGGCAGGCCCCAACAAAAAGGUAGCAAAGGCCAGCGCUGCCCUAGCAGCUCUGGAAAAACUCUUCUCUGGUCCCAACGCAGCUGCAAACAAGAAGAAGAAGAUAUUGCCUCAAACCAAAGGAGCCCUGGCAGCAGCAGCAGCAGCCUCAGCAGUAGCAGCUCAGGUUGCCAGAGGAAGAGGAAGAGCAGCCCUAGCAAGAGGAGCCUUCGUCAGUGCAGCUGCACCUGGAUAUGUCACUCCAGGCUUUGGGACACCGUAUGGCUACAGCCCUGCUGCAGCAGCUGCUCCUGCGUACGGUGGUCUAUUUAUUGACAAUCCUUUCUACCAGCCGCGCACCAUCGCUCCUUUUAUCAUUCAUCUGGGUCCACAGGAUCUCUUCUCUGACUUCUAGAGGCAGCACAUUGUUGGAGGCGCUCUUUACACUUACCUGGCUGCACACAUGCCCAUCUGUUUCUCCGUCUAAUGCGGGCUGCCUUUGAAUCCCAGCUGAUGGAUUCACACAUUCAGAACGGUUUCAGUUUGAUCAGUCUACUGACGAAACUUUCCUCCUGAGAAAAAAAGAAAAGGCAGAAACUAUCUGAACCAUCGACCGAGAGGCACAAAGCACCUCUUUCUGUUUCCUCGUCUCUUCACCCAGAUCAUCUCCUCAGAGGAGAGCGACUUUACAACAAGCAAUACUCGGAUUUUACGAGAAACGUUCAGCUGUGACUGUGCAGGGCUGGGCUGGUCUUUCUUAUAGCAAUACACCUGAACUCCUCUCUUUGAGCUUACUUACUUACUUGAGAAGAUGUGAAUGUCCAACAAAGUUUUACCCAACACAGCAUUGCAAUAGCUUAUUUUGAUUGUAUAUUCAAUGUAUGUGUGCGUGUGGCUAUAAUAUAACACAUAUAUACACACACACAUAUAUGUAUGGUGUAUUUCUAUAACAAUGUGUUGACAAUAUUAGUAUAUGAUGAUGUAUUUAUGUAAAUACUCUAUAAAAUAUAACUAUUGUUGUUAUAAAUUAUUUUAGAAUUAUAAAGUGUAAUGUAACUGUAAUAUCACAGUAUAGCUUUCUUCCAAUUUUAUAUACACUGAGCAAUUGAAGCUAGUUCUAGGAGAGGCAAUAUUAUCUUUGGUAUUCCUAUAACCUGUGCUGUUAGAAUAAUAAUGCUUCCUUCUUUCCUUCCUUCCUACUUUUCCUCUAUCUUUGAUGUCUUUCUGAGCCUUUCUGAGCACGCUCUCUGCUGCCCGAGGUUUGUUUACACUGCCCGGACCAGAGGUGCUCGCUACUGAACACACUUAUAACCACACACUGACACACAGACAAACGCACACUAUUCCUGUCAGAAAGCACAUUUUCUAUAGUCUCAUUGCUGGCAGGGAAUACUGUUGUUACAGUAUGUGUAUGCUUGGAUGUACACGCUCCUCCCUCUUCCAUUAAUGGACACACCACCACCUCGGCACAGAUCACACAUCAGCUCCGUCCCGCAAGCCUUAUAGGGACCAAAAGCACAGCUCACUGGCACUUCACUGUUUCUUCUUUCUGCAGACACACACAUUCACACACAUUGUUUCCUCCAGCUCUCUGUGGCUGUUCUCUGCUGAAUGGAAGUGAUGCUGCUGGUAGCGAAAACACAUGAGCAUCUUACAGGUUGGGAAAGAUACAAUACAAAUUAAUAUUUGGGACAGUUUUUUCACAGAAAUGUGAUUUGGGUCAUCAGGAGUUUGGACUGAGAAUGCAGUUUAAUCAUCGUUGUACAUGAACGUAGUUAUUAGUGUCAAAGCUGUCUUUGGCCUCAUGUUACCUUACCUGAAAAUAAUUUAAGUAUCAGAUUCGCAUUUGGUGUUCAGCUCAGUUGUAUAAGGGAAGAAAAAGUUCAAUCUGUGGAUAUGGUCAUAGCCAUGUGUCUCUAAAUAUUGAGGCUAAGAUGACCAGGUCAAUGACCACAAACUUUUGACAUAAUUCUACAGUAAAGGAAGGCAAAUUAGCUUUUCAUGUCAUCCUAAAAUUUUGAGUAGUUGAUUGUGUAGUACUACUGUUAUAGCACAAUUUAUGUCAUAAAAUUACUGGCAGUUUAGGUAACUGUAAAUUCUAAAGCAGUCCAUUCAGAUUCUGUUUGGAUUUGAUUUUGCGGCAUCAAAUGAAGAACAAUCCCUCCAAAUCAGCUGAUAUCAGUGCCAGCCCACGUCUGCUGGUUAUACACAGCCAAGUGGUUAAUCUCAUGUAAACUUCACUGUUUGAGGCUGUAGUCACUCAGACCUAGAGACUGGUAAAUGACCCCGUGGCUUAUGGUUGCUUUGGUUGCAGAUGAACCUAUCCCCUUUUUAAGUUUGCGUGACACUUACUUCAUGUUCACUACCGCUUGGACAGCAGUCGGUUGAGUGUUUGCGGACAAAUCUGCUUCUGCACCCAAAUUAUAGGCAACCUGUUAGUGACGAAUUACAAGGAGGUUUUCAGUACGUCACUCUGUCUGUGAUCGAUUUCACCGGGCAGUGGCCGUCAACCAUUCACUCAAUACACACGUUUCCCUAUCUAUGGAAGGUUGCCUGUCUCUAGGCUUGUGUGGCUUGUGCACCUCUGCAGGCCACUUUGCAAACCACUUUCACCCCCAAACCACAUUUCAUCCCGUAUCUGACUUAAUUAGUGUGUAUGUGAUCAAUAUGUUCGAUAGUUUAAGACUUGUCAUUGAUGGCUGAUCUGUACAAGGGAUCUUGCCCACAACACAAAAUGUAAAUCGCCGUUGCUGUGCAUGAUGUUUGGGGGGUUUUUUUGUUUCUCACAUGGUUUUGAAGAUUUUUUUAUCGCUGUUCUUUCUUAUUUUUAACCUUUAGUAGAGAGAAGAUGUCAGUCAGCAGAAGCUACAAAAUGUGCAUCAAAAACCUUUGAUUCUCCUCACAUUCGCCUUGAUCUGGGCGCAAGUUUGAUCUCCUGUGUUUCUGCUGGCUUUGAUUCAACAAAAAAAAGACAUCUGAGAAAAAGCCGAUAGACACAGCAUGACUCUAAAGUCAGCGUUUCUAAACAAUAAGCCGAAUUAGAGUGAGAUUUUGCGACAUUACUACGCUGAAAAUGAAAAUAACUUGACAAUUUUUGCAAGGAUGGUGAUAAUUGUCGUGCGACUGAGAGGUCGAGUAGCAAAAUGGAGGCUGUUGUGUACUUCCUGUUCCCAUAAUGUGUCUAUAAUCUCUAAUAUACGGUUAUUAAAUCUUCAAUCUUUCGUUUACAGUUGUUUGAAAUCCUAAUGACAGCCUGGCUUUACAAGAGUAAAUAUUACUGCUCUGACAUGGAGCACAAUUAAGUUAAGAUGUCUCACACAAACUAGAUCUCGAUUUAUUAAUUGACUGUGGGUCUUUGCUGUGAAUGACUGUUUCUUGCUUUUCAAUCUUUUUAUAGUGGUUUUCCAUUAAAGAAGAGAGCCGCUCUUGUUUGAUCUCUAAAAGUGUAGAAUAAAGUUUAGAGCAGGCUUUGCUCUUACUUUUCAUUUACAUGGGGAAUUCACGUGGAGGUGAAUAACUUUGAGGUUAGCUGUGUGGAAACAGACCUCUAUCAGCUGAGAAUUUCUUCUAAAAUGCCCUCCUAACUGCCCUGCCUUCAUCUCCCCCUCUCUGCCCCUUUCUCACUCUCCAGAUGGUCCACAUUAAUAAGGCAGACAGUCAUACCUCAGUGAGCAACCUUUUCAUUUCCCCUCAGAUGGUACAGACACAUUGGAGGAGUCACCCUGACUACUGACCCAGUCCUUUUAGUCUGUUGGCCGGACAACCGUAUUCAGACGAAGGGUGGCGAGGUUGAGAGCACAGAGAAAGCGGGUCAGUCUAAACCUGGCACAGGCAGCUUAGCAGGAAUGUGCAGGCAGUGGCUCCUCCAGUCAGCAGUAUUUUUUAUUUAUUGGGGAGCUGCUGUCUCCUAAAUGAUACCACUAUAUCUAAAAGCAUAUUUUUUUCUUAGUAAUCUAGUAAGGAGAUGAGAAAUCUGCUUGAUGUUUCAGCUGAGAAAAUAUACUCCAAGUAUCCAAGUUGUUUGGGGAUUUAAAAGAAAUUAUCAAGAGAGAGAGAAAAAUAAGAAGAAAGAGGAAAGAAUUCAAAAUAUACUUAAAUAUAGUAUAUUGAGAGACUGAAGGGAGGCUGACUGAUGAACUGACUAGAUAUCUUCCGCUUUUAUUAGGUCAGUGACAAAACCAGCCGUACUCCACCAAAGUGUCUCAGAAUAGAAAAUAUUGCAGUGAUGUGUUUUUUCUGGAAACACUUAUGAGCGGCUUGAAAAGAAAUGUCAGUGUGAAUAAUGUUUUAGAACAUACUGGUUGUCUUUUCUGGAUUCCAGUCCCACUGAUGGAUGUCAUUCCUACUCUAGUAGUCCCCAAGAUCACUAUAAACGAGUAAACAGCGGCACACAGAUACAUCCCUGUUAUUCUGCAUCUACACUGCCUCUGGUGGGCGUUCAACAAAAACUACACCUGUAAAUCUAAAAAGCACAAAAGACGCACGAGCAAUACACUCACGCAUUGUACUCAGGGCUACCUGACACGCACGUGUAUGCAACAAGACAAACACACACAGAAGCACACAUGUACUCAAACGUGUAAAUAUUUCAGCUUUUACCGACAAUAACAGCCAAGCGCACUGAGUCGACAUGACACUCUUUGCUCCAUGGAUUGAGUAUUUGUGAACUAUGUGAGUCACACAAGUGGUUGGACCUUGUUUGUACAUUAGGAUAUGAGCCAUGUAUAGCUGAGAAAACACACCCACACCUGCUCCAUUUAUUAGUGCUUUAUACUAGGCUGUCUGUAGCACUGUACAUACAUUGCUUUUUUGUUGAAAUGGCAGUUACCUGUGUGAUAAAUUAAGCUAUCAGAAGAAAAGAAGAAAGAGUGUUGUCUCCAAAAAGUGGCAACACAUGCAGGAGAUUUGAGUGUUUAAAUUCUGCGAUAGGUUCAAUGGUUUAAGAGAUCGGAGAGAUUUUGCUCCCCGUUUAUAUCUGGAGAUAUAGCCAUGUUUCCCAAAGGCCCCUCUUCUCCUCCUGCCAGAUCAAAAAGGAAAAUGCAUGAAUGCCUUUGGAAAACAAGGAGGGGUUUUUUUCCCUACACGAUGGGAUUCAUCUACACACCAAAGACUACGAAGCCUUUGCUUCACAAAUCUGAUCAUCCUGCAGUCUCAGAAGUGAGAGAUGUGAUCUGUCUAGACAGUUAUGAAAUGUCAGGAAAGAAGGGGGAAAAAGAAUGCUCUCCUGUGUGUAAAUCUGAAAGAAAACCUGUCUUGCUCACUCUUGCAUUAGCACAGAAAGUUGGGGUUUAAAUCUGGGGAUCAUGCUAAAUUUGUCUGGAAGCAACGAGAGAAGUGCCGUAGGAAGACCCGGAAAGUCCAUCCGCAAGUGAUUCUGAAACUCUGCAGCGCUGCAGAAAUAGAUCCUGGAUUAUGUUUCCACUGCUUAGGCACAGACUAACUGCAGAACAGAUCAUUUUCUCUGGGUGUGUGCGUUUAUGUCAGAGGGUGGGGCGAUGGGGUAUGUAUUAACACACCCACAUGCAGACGCAUGCAUACACACAUACAUAUACAGCACUGCAGUCACAUCAAGCAUGUUGUUGCAUACUUCCUGGUCAUAAUUCAUGGAUUGUUCACGUCCAUCGUCCUCCUGAUAAAUGAUCAAAGUCUUUUGGUUGGGAAUGUACACAGUCGUUAUGGUGAUUGUAGAGUAGAAUGUAUUUACUCGUAUAAAGAGUAAACUUGUUUUUUGUAGAGAAGCAUAUAUACAGAAUAUAUAUGGAUAAAUACAUAUAUAUACAUCUAUAUAUCUUUUGAACUACUUGUGUGUAAGGGUUGUUUUGGGUGCAUCUACCCUGUUAGGAUUCAUAUUUCUUUUUCCCCUUUUUUUAAUUUUUAAUAAUGAUGUUUUGGCAAAAAUAGCAUCUCAUGAGUGAUGAUUGUUUUCUUUUUCCUGUAAAUAUCUUCCUUUUUUUUUGUCUUUGACCAAAAGGGGAAUAAAAUACACCGUUUUAUGAUGCUGCCUAUGAAUUGAUGAAGUGAUAUCUGCUCACAGAAUCUAUUUGUUCCAUUAAAUGAUCAAAGUUACAUUUUGUGAAACUCUACAAGGUUCUGCUUAACAGAGGCCACUGAUAAAGAAUGACAAGCGUGAUUUGAACUCGCUGUAUAGUUUGCUUUAAUUAGUAGCAGCAUUAACAUCAGUGAUGAUCUGUGGUUGUCACUGUUCUUGACAUACAGUAACCAAUGCUUGAUGAACUGAAAAUAAAACUGAGAAAGUGCUAAAAUCAAUAUCUGAGUAUCUUUUUUUUAUUUGUCUCACACUGAUGCCUAUCAAAAGGGUCUGACCAUAAAAUAGAUCUAGAUUUUUAUCUAAAAUACAUUACUGUGCAAUAGUCUUGAAACAACAUCAUUUAUUUGUAUUUUGUUAUGAACAUGGGAAAUGUGUACAUCAGGGAUGUCAUACAGAUUUUACAUGGUGGGCCACGUACAGCUCACUUUGUUUCUACGUGGGAUGGACCAGUGAACAUUUCUGUCAGUGUUUAAUCCCUGAGAUGUCUGAAUAUAAGGU